AUGAUCAAAAUCAUUAUCAUACUCAAUUGUGAUGAAGAAAUUAACGUAGACGACCCUGGUAUAAACAAACAAUCACAAGCAUUAGAAAUCAUCCCCAUUAAUGCAUCUACACUACCCGUAACAGAAAUAAAAACCUCUAAAGACAAUAUUUAUUUAACUGAACAAUUUAUUCCCAAAAACGAUUUUGUAUUCCCUAAAACAAAUGGAAGAUCAUGUCAGUUGAAAUGGUUUAAUUCGUUUAGUUGGCUACAUUAUGUGAAAGAAAAAAAUGUUGUUUUAUGUUAUCCGUGUACUUUAGCCAGUCAAACUAAAAUAACAAAAAUAAAAAUUCAUGGGCAAGAAUCGUUUAUUGAUACUGGGUUUCAAAAUUGGAAGAAGGGCAUUGAGCGGUUUUCUAUACACGAAAAAAGUGAAAACCAUAGAGCAUCAAUAGAAUAUUUAAAUUUUCGUAACAACUCUCGUCCUGUUAUAUCUUUAAUUACUGAACAGUCUUUAAAUGAACAAAAAGAAGCUCGUACAGUAUUUAAAAUUGUUAUUAGCUCUAUUCGUUACUUAGCUCGUAGUGGUCAAGCUAUUCGUGGUGGUACAUGGGAUUCUGGAAACUUAAUUUAUUUAUUACAAGAGCGUUCACUUGAAAAUCCUGCACUAAAAAUUUGGCUUGAAAAACGAAACAAUUGGUUAAGUGGGGAUAUUCAAAACGAGUUACUUGAAACUAUGGCGCAUUUUGUUUUACGGAAGAUUAAAAAUUCAGUUCUAAAAAGUCCAUUUAUGGCCAUAAUGGCUGAUGGCACUACAGAUAUUUCUGGUCAAGAACAGUUUAGCAUUUGUUUUCGUUUUUUAAAUACAAUUUCUUUAAAUAUAAACGAAAUUUUCGUGGGUAUGUAUAAUCCUCCAAGUGGAAAUGCUGAAACAUUAUUUUCUUGCAUCGCUGAUUUAUUGACACGUAUGUGUCUUAGUUUUGAAAAUGUCAGAGGACUUUGUUUUGACGGAGCGGCAACUAUGUCUGGUCAUAUAAGUGGAGUACAAAAGCGAAUUUCUGAUGUACAACCUAAAUCUAUAUUUAUUCAUUGUUCAAAUCAUUCAUUGGACUUAGCAUUGAGUGAUACUAUUAAAACUGUAGAUUUUGCUAAUGAUGCUCUAAAUUUAAUCAGAUUUGUAAGUAAUACAAUCUUAGAUUCAUCAAAAUGCAAAAACAUAUUUUCUGGUAUUGUUCUUUCGACUAACUUAGAUGAAGAAAAUGACUAUAAAACUGAAAAUAUACCAGGCAUUAUUCCUUUUUGUCCUACAAGAUGGACAGUCCGAGUAAAAGCAGUUAAUAGAUUUAUAGAAAAUUAUGAAAGAGUUCUUUUAACAGUACAAGAAAUUUUAAAAGAUUCAAAUUCAAUUAGUAAAGAUAGACGAGCAGCUCUCCGCGGAUAUGAGACGAAACUUUGGAAGUUUGAAACUGUUUUUGCUCUGGAAUCUUUGUCUUUAAUUUUAGGUCCAUGUGAGCAGUUGGCUAAAGCUCUGCAAAAUAUAUCAUACACUGCUAUUGGAGCCAAACAUUCAUCAGAAUUGUUAAUAAAAACUCUUACAUCGUUACAUAAUGAUGAUGUUUUCAAUGAUACUUGGAAUAAAACCAAACAAUUAGCCGUCCAUCUUAACCUUACAAUGCCGAAAAAUCCUAGAGUUUGUAAGCCCCCUGCCAAGCUUGAAUAUUCAACUACACGCACACCUCCAGCCAACAUCGACAAAAAAGUUGCUUUAAGAAAAGAAUUUUUUGCUUUAAUUGAUUGUUUGUUGAACGAAUUAAAUGAAAGAUUCACUCAGUCUGGGUUAGACAAAGUAGUAUCAAUGGAAACUAUUUUGAUGCGUUCAAUCAAUAGAGAUAAAAUUGAAAUAAGUGAAAUAAAAAAACUUCUCGGUAUUCACGUAACUGAUUUUAAUGUAGAUCAAUUAGCUGCUCAAUUAAUAAUGCUUCCUAAUAUUUUAAAUUCUGAUAAUUCCUCAGCAACAAUAAAAGAUAUUGUUGAAAUAUUUAAAAUGUUGCCAGAAACUUCUCGUCAAUUGAUGAACCAAGUUGAACGGCUUAUUAUACUGUUAUACACAAUACCUGCAGCAUCAGCCACACCAGAAAGGUCAUUUAGUGGGCUCAGGCGUUUAAAAACUUAUACACGUUCAACUAUGAGUCAAAAGCGGUUGACUCAUUUGUUACUACUACACUUAAACCAAACUAUUUUGUAUGAGAUUUCCUUGGAUGAUAUACUAAAAGAGUUCAUUAGCCGUACAGCAGAGAGAAAAAGUGUAUUUGGUAAAAUGUAA